AUGGAGGCCAAAAUCGAUGGAGUGCUCAGCCGCAUGGAAAUUGCGGCAGAGAAGGUAGAGCUCUAUUGCAACAGCAAAGUAAAGCUGCCGAUGGCCGAGCUUGACUACUUGAAGACACUGGAGGAUGCACGCGAUUUCAUGACCAUGAUGGUGGCGAAAACCAGUGACAAUCGCCAGCAGCUGGCAGACAUAUUUGGCGGCGACUGUUCCAGAAUUGCACGGAUACGUACGGUUCUGGAUGGUGUGGUUCUGUCGGACAUGAACUGCAAUGAUCAGCGUGUCCGAACUUGCACAGAGGCUUGCGCUACCAUCGAAAAGGUCUUGGAGGACAUGGGCCUGGGCUGGUGCUUGAAGAAAGCUUGUGACGAGCAGAAGGCGAAUUUGGGGCGUCGACGUAGCAGCCUGGACCGCGAGGCCGCCCUCGCCCUCGCCGCUGCCCAGGUUGAACAGGCACAGGCCGAGGCGCCCACCGAGGAAGUGAUCUCCUCCUCCACGGCGAAGGUCUGGAAAGCUGCGGACCAAUGGGCGCAAUCUAUUGACGAGGACUUUGUGAAGCGGGUGUUGGCAUGCAGCGAAGCCGGGGAACUCCAUGACCUGGAGAAAGAGGCAGUGGCCAGCAAAUCAUCCCAAAUCGGUAAUUGGAUGAUAUGGAUGGUGCACAGGGCACAUCUGGACGACCCGACCUUGGUAAAAUUCGACUUCACCAACCUGAAAAUGCCGGAAGGGAACGUAGAACCACUCAUUUCUCCAAAGCUGGCCGUGGCCAUGGAAAGUGAGGACCUGAGGGGCUCAGCCUUCGGCGGAGUCGCCGACAGUUGCCGAGUUUUGUAUCGCCAAGGCAACAAGCACAUCGAGCAGUUGUCACCUGAUCUGAUUCUGUCCAAGUAA